AUGCAUAUAUACAAAGAUGCGGCCGCAGAAGAAGCCAGUGAGGAAAACAAGCAGAAAGAACCAGCAAACCAGAGCAUGGGAGUGAGAGUAGGCAGCAAGGCAGAAGAAACAGGAAGGAGGGGAAAACGGAAUCAACAUCAGCGUACUUCCGCUCCUGGUCUUUCACUUGACCCUCCAGAGUCCGGACGCGAGUCUGGGCUUCAUAAAGCUCGUCCUUGUGCUUGUCCAGCUCAUCCUCAGCCCGACGCACUUGAUUGCAAGACACCUGAGUUCCGCAGCUCGUUUCUCGCAGCUGAGCCGUCGCCAAAGAGAGAACCCACGAUUUUCUUUGCCGGGGUGCUCUGCUCUGAUCCCGUGCCAUUCUUGGCCCGAUGCGCUUGGGAGUCCUAUUAA